CAACGACCUUCACUUCCUAACUUUCUCUCUCCCAAAAUGUCUUUAUUUCUUCUACAAACUACAUUUCUCUUGUUCCACCAGCAACCCAUUUUCUCAAAAGAGAAAUGGCUUUGUUGCAACCAUUUUUCUCUGACACUUCUCUCUCCAAGACCCUCCAUUUCUCACACCCACGCCUCACAUCUCAAAGAACAAGAACAGUGGUCUCUCUCCUACAACCACUGAAACCUUAUCAAAAUCCCAGACAAGUAAAGAAACAAUGGGCAAAGAGCCAUGCAGUUGCAGAGAUUGGUGGUGGGGUUUCAGUGGAAGGUGAAAAUGAUCAAAGUAUUCUUGUGGAUCGAUCUAGUCAAGAAGAAGUAAGGGGUGUGAGGGAAGUGGUGGAUUAUGACUGGACUGAAGAAUGGUACCCUCUAUAUCUCACCAAGAAUUUACCAGAUGAUGCUCCUCUGGGCCUCACUGUCUUUGACAAACAGAUUGUAUUGUAUCGUGAUGGCAAUGGUGAGCUUCGUUGUCACGAAGAUCGGUGCCCCCACAGGUUGGCAAAACUUUCUGAAGGUCAAUUGAUUGAUGGAAAACUGGAAUGUCUAUAUCACGGCUGGCAGUUUGAAGGUGAGGGCAAGUGUGUGAGGAUACCACAGCUUCCUGCAAAUGCCAAAAUUCCUCUAUCAGCUUGUGUCAAAACUUAUCAGGUGAAGGACUCGCAAGGAGUUGUUUGGAUAUGGAUGUCUCUCAAUACACCACCAAAUCUUAAAAAACUUCCUUGGUUUGAAAACUUUGCCAGGCCAGGGUUUCGAGAUAUCUCAACAAUCCAUGAACUUCCAUAUGAUCACUCCAUUCUUCUAGAAAACCUCAUGGAUCCAGCUCAUGUCCCUAUCUCACAUGAUAGAACAGAUUGGUCUGCAAAAAGGGAAGAUGCCCAACCAUUACUCUUUGAGGUAGCUGAAAGGACAGAUCGGGGAUUUGCAGGCUGGUGGGGCAUAGAGAAGGACCAAUCCAUGCUAAACUUCUUACGAUUCGAAGCACCAUGUGUUCUUCAGAAUAAUAGAGAAAUUGUUGACAAGAAAGGAGAGAGACAAUAUUUUUCAGGACUCUUCCUUUGUAGACCAUCUGGACAAGGGAAGUCCAUGCUCAUUGUGAGGUUCGGAAACACAACGAAGCCCCCUUUGUUAGUCAAAAUAUUCCCUGAAUGGUACUUCCACCAGAAUGCCAGCAAGGUCUUUGAGCAAGAUAUGGGAUUCCUCUCAUCCCAGAACGAAGUUCUAAUCAAAGAAAGAGUUCCCACAAAGGAACUGUAUAUUAACUUAAGGUCCUCGGAUACAUGGGUGGUCGAGUACAGGAAGUGGAUGGACAAAGUUGGGCAUGGCAUGCCUUAUCAUUUUGGGCACAGCACCAUUUCACCACCCUUAGAGCCUGCUGUGGUGGAACACGCACCAGCUGGCUUGUUUGCAAGCAUUUCAGCAUCUUUACCGGCAAAGGGAGGAAUUGGAACAAUGCAUGCACCAAACCUCGCGAACAGAUAUUUUCGACAUGUAAUACAUUGCAAGGGAUGCAGCAAUGUUGUUAAAGCUUUUCGAGCAUGGAAAAAUGCCCUCUCUAUUGUCGCUCUCGUGUCAACUGCAUUGGCAAUUUUAAUAUCUGGAAGGCAAUGGAAGGCCCUUCUUUUGUUUUCAACGACCAUGUGCUUGGCUGGAGUGUACAUGUGCUCAACCGCAAUUUCAAUGAAUACAACCAACUUCAUAAGAACACACAGAAGAUUGUGAGCCAAGAACGUGUAAUUGUAUGGGUUUCUUCGAUUAUUCUGAGUAAAAAAUCAUGUACAAGUACGGAUGUUGUGUGAUGCUAGGUUAUUAAAUUCUUAUACAAAUUGUUGGAUAUAUAGUUAUUUUCAUAUUUCAGACAAUGUACAGUACUGGUGGUUCAAAGUUCUAUUACUAGCCAUGAAAAGAUC